GAACUUUCAGAAAAAAUGACCUUUCUUGAGAGACUUACUAACUACAUCUCCCUGUUCCAGGCAGCAGACCUGUGGCUCAUGAGAGUGGACUUUGUGUUUGAGUUUCCUCGUCCCACCAUGCCUAAUGUUAUCUAUAUGGGAGGGUUCCAGUGUAAACCUGCAAAACCUCUGCCUCAACACUUGGAGGAGUUUGUCCAGAGUUCAGGGGAACAUGGAGUCAUCAUUAUGUCUCUGGGGACUUUAAUUGCAGAGCUUCCCCAUGACUUAGCUGAUGAGAUAGCUGCAGCUUUUGCCAAGUUACCCCAGAAAGUCAUCUGGAGGUAUAAAGGUGACAGACCAGCCACUCUGGGCAACAACACUCGACUAGUUGACUGGAUGCCACAGAGUGACCUUUUAGGACAUCCCAAAACUAAGCUAUUUGUGGCUCAUGGAGGAACAAACGGUGUUCAAGAAGCGAUCUACCAUGGAGUUCCUAUACUAGGGCUUCCAUUGAUUUUUGAUCAACGUGAUAAUCUAUUAAGAAUUGAAAUAAGAGGAGCAGGAAAGAUAAUUGAUAUUUUUACUAUGAAUCACGACAUCUUUCUCCAGGGUAUUCAGGAAGUCCUGAAUGACCCCUCCUACAGGAUGAACAUGCAGAGACUCUCCAGGCUGCACAAAGAUCAGCCCAUGAGGCCACUAAAUAGAGCCCUCUUCUGGAUAGAGUUUGUCAUGAGACAUAAAGGAGCAGCUCACCUGAGAACAGAGUCCUACAAACUGCCCUGGUAUUCCUACCACUCUGUAGAUGUCAUAUUAUUUUUAGUAACAGUUGCUCUUCUUAUUUUGUUCAUUUUUGCUGGGUUAGUGUGCUCAUGCUUCAGACUGUGUUUGAAAAGAAAGGUGAAAUCUGACUAACCAGGAGAGAUGCUUCAUUGUUAAUUUUCAUAUUGGUUAAUAUGUUGUUAUAUUACAGUCAAUUUGGCUGUGAUCAGUAAA